CUUCUCGCCUCGCGGAUAAGAGGGGAGGGCUAACAAACCAAAGCCCCCUCCGCCCAAAACCCCACGCGAGCUCCCACUCCCAUCCAUGGCGACCGCCACCGCUACCUCUUCCUCCUCGCUGACCACUCCUCUCCUCCGCCCGAACCCCAAUACCAACCCCGCUCCCAGAUCUCUCCAACUCCUCAGGAGCAGGAGGUGCGCUCGUGCCGUGACUGCCGCCGUAGCCGGAGGCCCGGUGCCUUACGGGGCUGCUCCGAGGCGCGGGAUUUGGUCGAUCAGGGAUGACUUGGUGGUGCCGAGGUCGCCCUACUUCCCAGUGGAGUCUGCGGCGGGGCAGGAGCGUGGGCCGUCACCCAUGGUGAUGGAGCGGUUCCAGAGCGUCGUUAGUCAGCUUUUCCAGCAUAGGAUUAUCCGGUGUGGUGGCCCUGUUGAGGAUGAUAUGGCCAACAUCAUUGUAGCACAGCUGCUCUACCUCGAUGCUAUUGAUCCCACUAAGGAUAUCAUUAUGUAUGUGAAUUCACCAGGAGGGUCAGUGACAGCUGGAAUGGCUAUAUUCGAUACAAUGAAGCAUAUCAGGCCUGAUGUAUCCACUGUUUGUAUCGGACUAGCUGCAAGUAUGGGAGCUUUUCUACUUAGUGCUGGGACCAAAGGAAAGCGAUACAGCUUACCAAACUCGAGGAUAAUGAUCCAUCAACCUCUUGGAGGGGCCCAAGGACAGGAGACUGAUCUUGAAAUUCAGGCUAAUGAGAUGUUGCACCACAAGGCUAACUUAAAUGGAUACCUUGCAUACCACACUGGGCAGCCCCUGGAUAAGAUCAAUGUAGAUACUGACCGUGACUACUUUAUGAGCGCGAAAGAAGCAAAGGAGUAUGGCCUUAUUGAUGGAGUAAUCAUGAAUCCUCUCAAGGCCCUUCAACCACUUCCAGCUUCCAGUUAGUCAUGAAAUGUGCUAUAACUCCGUCAAACUUUUUUGUUUAUUGUAUCAAUGUGUCUGCUGGAACUGAGUUUGCACUGCAGUUUUCUAUUAGCCUGGCUUCAUAAUAUUCUACAUCCAGAGGUUUCAAAGUUUGUAAAAUACAAGAUCUACGGUUAGGGUAUCCAUUCUUGGCGAUGGACAUUGGAAUUUAUUGACAGUAUUAAAGAGUUGGUUUCCGCGGCUUAUGUACUCGAUCAA